UAUGGAGAUAAGCAGAGAAGUUGGAAGCUCAGAAGUACUAGAAAUCGCGGGAAUUCAGCUUGACUCUAAGCAUUAUGAAAGUAAUGCAGGUCUUGACCAAAGUAAAGAAAGGGCUAGUCAAGAGCGAGCAGAGAGAAAUAAAUACGAGGAUCUGGUGAAAUCAACUCCUAAUCAAGAUGAAGAGGAGAGUGAUAACUCAGAUGAGGAAGUCAAGUACAGUGGCCAAAAUUUAGACCCAGUCGUCAGUUCUAUAUCUGUGUCAUCAAGGCCUCUUAAAACAUUUGAGAAUGGAGAUACUUAUGAAGGAGAAUGGGAUACAAACGGAGAAUUUAGCGGUCAAGGAACAUACACAUAUGCAGAUGGAGGCAAAUAUCAAGGGCAGUGGCUUGGUGGAAAAGAGCAUGGAUUUGGAAAAGAAAUAUAUGCAAACAAUAAUGAAUACUGUGGAGAAUUUAAGCACGGCCAGAGAGAUGGUAAGGGUGUUUACAUUUUCACCAAUGGAGAGUCCUAUGAAGGAGAAUUCAAGAAUGGUCAAUAUCAUGGUAAAGGGACUAUCAAAUAUCCCAAUGGUGACACGUACGAAGGAGACUGGGUCGAUGACCAGAAACAUGGCAAGGGAAUUCUAACCAGCAAUGGUUCUAUCCCUUUCAAAUAUGAAGGGGAUUUUAAAGACAAUGAAAUCACCGGCUUUGGUAAGCAUACCUUCAACAAUGGAGAUUCCUAUGAAGGAGAAUACCUCAACGGCCUCUUUCAUGGCAAAGGGAAAUAUACCUUUCAGAAUGGGGAGUCUUUUGAAGGAAAUUGGGAAAAUAACAAGUGCCAAGAAUCUCCUGAUUCAACUUCAUCUUUUAAUGAAAAGCAUGGAGAAAUUAUCUAUGUUGAUGCAGAAGGCAACAAAUCAAAGCAUGUUUUCAAGAAUGGUGUAUUUCAGCAAAAGUCUUUCCUAAGCUGGCUCCUCUGUGGAUAAUUAAUUG